AUGGAUGAUGAUGAAGAAGAAAUUGAAGUUCCUAUAACUAACGACCUAGAGCAAAGAGUAGCAGAAGCAUUUGCAGUUUUUGACCCCUUCCAAACUAAAAUAAUUGAACUGAAAGAUGUACCUUCUAUAAUAAGAGGUUUGGGUUGUUGUCCAACUGAAGCAGAGCUUCAAGACAUCAUUUUAAGCUUAGAAACUCAAAAGUAUCCCGGCUCUGUUCAUUUGGUAAAUUUUUUGCCACUAGUAACGGAUUUGUUUACACAACAUAAAUUCCUUCCUCCAACUCCCGACAAACUUCUAGAAGCAUUUCGAAGGCUAGAUCCAAGAGGAAUAGGUUGUUUAACAAAAGAAGAGCUUACCAAUUUGAUGACUACAGAAGGAGAACCUUUCACCAAUGAUGAAUUGGAGGAAAUGAUGGAGAUAGCUUUUGAUCCAUUGAGUAAAACAAUCAAUUACGAGUAUUAUGUCAAUCAACUACUGUAUGAACCGGAAGGGGAGAAAAAUGUGUAUACUUUGGCGGAUCGCAUUGAAGCUGAAAAACCUCCUCCACCACCGCCUCGUAAGACAAUGUCUGAAUAUUUAAGAGAAGCUGCUCAACAAGCAGAAUAA